AUGGCAAAGUAUAUAUUCGUUACCGGUGGUGUGAUGUCGUCUUUAGGGAAAGGCAUUGCGGCCUCUGGUAUAGGGGCAUUACUUCAAUCCCGCGGGUAUAAGGUUCGUAUUCGAAAAUUUGACCCUUAUCUAAAUGUUGAUCCUGGAACGAUGAAUCCUCAGCAGCAUGGCGAAGUCUUUGUCACAGAAGAUGGUGCAGAAACGGAUUUGGAUUUAGGACACUAUGAGCGCUUUAUUGGGCGCAGUGGUUUGUCCAGUGAUGCGGUUACCGUAGGACGAGUCUAUUCUGAUGUGAUUGCCAAAGAGCGCCAUGGAGAUUAUCUAGGGGCGACUGUUCAAGUGAUUCCCCACAUUACAGAUCGCAUUAAGGAGCUUAUUUCUGCUGAUGUUUCUGAGGAUAUAGAUUUUGUCAUUUGUGAAGCGGGUGGAACAGUUGGGGACAUUGAAGGCUUGGCUUUAAUUGAAGCUAUGCGCCAAUUUUCCAAUAAAGUAGGCCCUAAGAAGUCAAUGCAUAUUCAUUUGACUUAUCUUCCUUAUGUUCCAAGUGCUCAAGAACUAAAGACAAAACCUUCUCAACAUGCUGUAAAAGAACUUCUUCAUGUCGGAAUACAGCCAGAUAUUUUGUUAUGCCGCUGUGAUCGCCCAAUCCCUGAAGAUGCACGUCGUAAGUUGGCCUUAUUUUGUAAUGUAGAACCAAAAAAUGUUUUGGAUGCAUUAGAUGUUGAGAGCAUUUAUGAAGUCCCUCUUCGAUAUCGAGACAAUCAGUUUGAUCUUCGUGUUUUAGAACAUUUUGAGAUGAAACCUCAGGCCGCUCCUGAUAUGUCUCCUUGGGAGAAUUUUAUUGAAAGAGAGAAGAAACCUCUCCACGAAACAACAAUCGCUCUUGUUGGAAAAUAUAUAAGCCUUCGUGAUGCGUAUAAAUCAAUUUUAGAAGCCUUUACUCGAGAUAAAGUCGGUAUCUGGGAAAAAAUCUCCUUUACCCGUAGACCAAGUGGCGCAGAUUUUAAAAGGCGUUGA